UUGUUCUGUUUCUAUUUUCUCUGUUUCUACGAGAAAAUUCAGUGUAUACACUAACCCAAAACGAUUUUCUUCUCAUUUUUACUUCCUCUUGUAGAGAUAGAGAAACAGAGAGCUGUUCUGUAAAACCCUUUCGAUUUAGAAAAGACUCGGAUGAGUUUAUGAUUAGUAAACAUAUGGAGAUAUCGUCUUCGUCCCAAAGGUUUGGUUGUAUCCUUAGAGAUCGUAAUCAAAACAGCUUCGCAUACAAGAAGAAUCUGAAGGCUCCGGUGAAAGACCAUCAUCACGAGCUCUAUAAAUCUUCAGUCUCCAACGAGAAUUCCGAGAAUUUAGUCGAUUCUUGGAUCGAGACUCUCAAUAAAAAGAAGGGUAACCAGAAUAGUAUUGUUGGGUUAACGGGUAAAGCAAGCGUUAGAAAACCGCGUGUUAUUGCAUCUCCCAUAGAGAAAUGUGAUGAAUCGAAGAGAAACGUAGCCUCUUCUCUGGUACAGAUAUGGGAGGCGAGGCUAAACCCAUCCAGCGGCGGAAACUCGCCCAGCCACAACCAAACCACGGUCCCCAGUAGCCGGAGCGAUUCAGGAGUCAGUGUUCAAGAUACCCGUUUUUCAGAAUCUCCGCCUGAUGAAUCCGAAGGUGAGAAUGGUGACGUGGAGACCGAGUCUCGGUCACACGGUUCGGUUUCUGAUUCAGGUCGAGUUGCUGACUUAAUUCGGAAGCUUAGCAACGAAGAGAAGGUAAUCACCGGUGGACUCUCGUUUAUCAGAACCCCGAGACCUUACAUUUCGUCAAGCAGUUUUCCGAUGGUUGUUAGUUGCUCGCCAAGACUCCGAGGACGCCAAGCAUUUACCGAUCUGCUUAUGCGAAUGGAACAGGAUCGCCACCGCGAAUUGGAUUGGCUUCUUGAACGCAACGCUGUUUCUAGGUUUUCUCAACGUGGCCGCCUCCAGAUUCAGUCAAUGCUAAGGCUUAGAAACCUCAACCGCUGUCUAGCGAUUCAAAAUCAAUACUGUUCUAACGCAAAAACGACCAGAUCAAAAUCAGGCUCGACAGUUCAACAUUUAAGGGAGAAAUUUCGUACUAACGCAGCAGAUGAGAGGAAGGAUAAUCAUUCUCUCUCUGCUAAGACGAGUAAAGAAACAGAGAGGAAAAGCUUGAAGAAAGGCGGUAUUGCCAUGGAAGCGUCUUUGGAAGAACAGUUGAUCAUCGCCAACCACAACAAAGAGGAGCAUGCAGCGGCAUGUAAGGAAGACGAAACUGUUGAAUCAGACAUGAGUUGCCAUCAGCUGCAAGAAACAAUAGGUCAAGAAACUUGUAAUGACAACAAGUUCGAAGAUAAAGAAAUAAUAACUGUUGAGAGCGAAACUCCAGAAUCAGUCAAGAACAAAAUGGGAAAUUGUGUGCAAGAAAUUCUAGAGACGCAAAGUGUGGUACAUGAGAGUAACGAGAUGGACCAGUGCCUUGAGCAACAAGAAACAUCAUACAUGAAUGGAUGGGAAGAGUAUGAAGAGGAGGAGUACUAUAACGGAGAAGCGAACAACGACUGGCUUAGCGAAAUAUCUAGGCCGAGAAGUUACUGGGAGGAACUGAGGAAGUCGCGGUACCUGGAAGUAAUGAACACUCGGUCUGAGAAAGAAGACAUACGUAGACUCCUUGAGCGAAGAACGGUCACAGACUUUCUCCAGAGCGGAUUACGAGAGCAGAUCGAGAGGCUCAUGAUGUCCCGUGUGCAGACACACUCUAAUAAGCACUGGGAAUUGCAACAAGAAGAAGAGUCGGAACAGAACAAUGAAGUCAUGGGUGAAGUUGAAGAAGAAGAAGAAGAAGAAGAAGAGCCAUUAACGGAAAGCGAAGAGCAGGACGAUAGAGAUGACUCGAGUCUAUCGUCGUCUUCUCAUAUUUUUGCAUCGUCUCCUGCAGGAUCAUGGAGCUCUCAAGACACUGAAGAAGUAACUUCCUCUCCUGUCUUGUCUGUUCACAACCCUCGCUCACCCGAAAUGGAGCUGAUAAGCGACAUGAGAGCACAGAUCCAACAGCUUCACCAAGAAAUGUCGUUACUACGAGAUUCUGUCAAAACGUGUUUGGAUGCUAACGCGAGCUUGCAACAAUCAGUCCACAGAGAAAACCCAAUGAAACGCAAAUGCUGCGUCUGCGACGAAACGCAGGUCGAAGCGGUUUUGUACAUGUGCGGACAUAUGUGCACGUGCUUGAAAUGUGCCAAUGAACUACACUGGAGUGGAGGGAAAUGCCCGAUUUGUCGAGCUCAGAUUAUGGACGUUGUUCGUGUCUUCUUCGAUACAAGAAACUGAAAAAGGGUUUCUAAACGCAUGACGAGUCAACUAAUCCCAUUAGCCCCUCUGUUUUGCUUAUCGCGUUUGCGUUAUUUUGCGUUUUGGGUCUGAAUAUCGUAAUAUUCUCUUAACAUUAGGUUAUGUUACCAACAUUUUAACGAAAGGUUUUGUUUAGUUUUAUAAAGUUUUUGAUG